AUUGAUGAAAUUGAAGCCCUUUCAUCCAUAUAUGGUGAAGAUUGGUGUGUUGUUGAUGAAGAUGAAAAAAUCUAUUGCAUUAAGAUUAAUGAUUGUCUGGAUCAACCAAAAUGGACCCUCUGUCUGCAGGUGAUUUUGCCACCAGGAUAUCCAACUACAGAGCCACCUAUUUAUCAACUAAAUGCCCCUUGGCUUCGAGGACAAGAUUAUAUGGAACUAGCAAAUAGCUUGGAAGAAAUAUACGUACAGAACCUUGGUGAAAGUAUACUUUAUUUAUGGGUGGAGAAGAUACGAGAAGUUCUGAUAGAAAAGGCACAGUCAUCAGAGCCAGAACCAGAUAUUAAGAAAACCAGUGAAGAAGUUGAUGAAGAUGACAGAGAUGAUUUUCUCCUAGACUAUCAGCCCAUUCAGGAAGAUCCAAUUAAAAUGUUAAAUUACAUUACAUCUGAAAGUCAAGAAGAUGAAGAACUGCCAUCCAUACAUCAUGGAAGCCCAAUCACAGAUCGAAGGAGUACUUUCCAGGCACAUUUGGCUCCUGUGGUGACACCCGGACAAGUAAAGAGAGUUCUUGAAAAAUUGUAUGAGAAUAAGAAAAUUGCAAGUGCUACCCACAACAUAUAUGCAUACAGAAUAUACUGUGAAGAUAAACAGACAUUCUUACAGGAUUGUGAAGAUGAUGGGGAGACAGCAGCAGGUGGACGUCUUCUUCAUCUUAUGCAGAUUUUGAAUGUCCACAAUGUGUUAGUCGUGGUAUCCCGCUGGUAUGGAGGUAUUCUCUUAGGACCAGAUCGUUUUAAACAUAUAAACAAUUGUGCAAGAAAUGUACUUGUGGAAUACAACUAUGUACAUUCAGUGGAAGAAUCAUCUAAACAAGCAGGGAAGAGCAAAAAGAUAAGGAAGGACAACAAGAAAAGAACAGAACACUAAUUUAUUUUUUAAACUAUAAAAGAUUAUUUUGCACUUAUUUAUACAAAGAAAACAUGGACACUGUUGCCUUAUCCAGUACAACAGACAUUUUGUAUUCAAAAGAGAAUUCAGUAAAGCUAUAGAUAUAUUUU